GUGCGCAUGCCCCUAAGAGAUCCAGACUCCGGGGGGCAUCGAGAGAAGACUUGCCCGACUUUGAAGGAAGGGGGGUGAAUAGAGCGAGUAUUGAAGAAACAUGCCCAGGAAAAGGGUGUUGGAAAAAGACGACGCACUCAAAGCGAAACGGACAAAAGUCACCCAUCGGUCACACCAAACGGAGCCGGGUCUGGUGUUGACCUUGGGGCAGGGCGAUCUUGGACAGCUGGGCCUUGGACCAGACAUCCUGGCAAGGAAGAGACCUGCUGUGGUUCAGCUCCCUGAGAAGAUAAUCCAGGCCGAAGCGGGAGGAGUUCACACUGUAUGCCUCAGUGAGGCAGGCAAAAUCUAUACCUUUGGCUGCAACGAUGAAGGGGCUUUGGGGCGCAAUACUUCAGAGGAGGGGUCUGACUGUGUGCCGGGGCUUGUGGAUCUGAAGGAGAAAGUGGUGCAGGUCUCUGCUGGCGACAGCCACACCGCAGCGUUGACGGAGGACGGACGCGUGUUCAUCUGGGGAGCAUUCCGAGACGAGAAUGGCGUCAUCGGAUUACUGGCUCCGGCAAAGGGCGCCGAGGGACUCGAAUCCUCAAAUGGCAGUUCUGUCCCAGUGGAGCUACAACUGGAAGCCCCGAUUGUAAAGAUUGCCUCAGGGAGCCAUCACUUGGCAUUAGUGUCCACGGAGGGGCACCUUUAUACCUGUGGUUGUGGAGACAAUGGCCAGUUGGGCCGAGUGCCCCAAAUCUUCACUGCUCGAGGAGGAAGACGGGGAUUGGAACGGCUGCUGCUCCCCCAACCGGUCUCCAUCAAGCAGAGAGGCAGUAAGACCAAAGGGCACAUCCGUGACGUCUUCUGUGGCUCUUAUUCCACCAUAGCCAUCACCCAGGAGGGCCAUGUUGUUGGGUUUGGCCUCUCCAAUUACUACCAACUGGGUUCUCAAGCCAUCGACACUUACUUCUCCCCAAAGAUUCUGACGGCAUUCAAGAACUCCACCAGAUCUUGGGUUGAAUUCUCUGCCGGGCAACAUCACACUGUGUGCCUGGAUUCAGAAGGGACAGUGUAUAGUCUUGGCAGAGCAGAUUAUGGCAUGUUGGGCCUGGGAGAGGGCGUCGAAGAGAAAAGCACACCCACCGCCAUCCCUGGGCUGGCAAAGUCCUCCUCUAUCGCCUGUGGAGAACGGGUUGGCUAUGCGGUUACAGAAGAUGGGCGAGCGUUUGCCUGGGGCAUGGGGUCAAACCUCCAGCUGGCCACGGGGGAUGAAGAGGACGCCUGGAGCCCCGUUCAGAUGUCAGGCCAGCAGCUGGAGAACCGCACCAUCCUCUCGGUGACGGGCGGCGGUCAGCACACGGUUUUGCUUGUCAAGGACCAGCAGAGUUGACAAACUGGCACACGUGGCCCCCAGUAAGAACUCGGGGGGGCUGGAACCGCCUUCCCAAGUCUUUGGGGCUUAGAAGACUAGCUUUGGACGGCAUCCUGCCAUACCUUCUGAUCUUUUUCCCCCGAAGAGGAGAAUUAUAUUAUAUAAAGUGUUCUCUCAGAGGCUGGAAAAUGUUUAAAUCUGAAAAUUUGUUUUCCUUGGUGGCUGGAACGAAGCCUUUUUUAUCCUAGUCCCUUUCACCUUUUCUUGCUUCUCCUGCUGAGUCAGAAGGACAGCUGGAAUUUCCAGAUCUUGCCCUCGAAACCGCGUCUCCUGCCUUCAGCCGCUGGGCUUGUCUUUUUUCUUCAGGCCUUUCUGCUUUUUAGAAGGGAGGGAGGGUGUUCUCCCUCCUUCCCUGACACCCUGGUUUGUCUGAGGAGACCUUGCGCACACACGCCCUCUUUUUAAUUUGGAUGUUUCUUGCGGCUCCCUCCGUUUUCCUGUUUGGCAAAGACGGCAGAGCAGGUGGAGAUUACCAAUAGCCUGAGCUUCACCCAUAUUAAUCAGGUGAGAGUGGGGUAGGUCGCCUAGGAUAAACUAGGUGUUUCUGUCAAAGGGAGACAGGAGAACGGCUUCCAUUUUGAGAAGCAGAAAGGCCUGAUGAAAAACAAGGCAUUGUAGGUUCUCAAAGCAUGAGAACGUGCAAAAGCCUCGUCCUCCUUCUGGUUGGCCAUAGUUGGGCUUCAACAGCUUGCAGGACAACUGUUAUUCCCAAGGAACAGUUCUGCCAUUCUUCGAAAAGCUGUGUCUGUGCUGUUCUUCUGGGGCAACUUUUGGGGGGUGGGGAGUGGGAGCUGUCCCUGCUUCAGAGUUUUUAAAGAGGGGGUGUUUUGCCCUCUUUGCCUCUGUUUUUUCUGGGUGGCUCUUUUAAAACUGCAUCCAAAAUGCUCAGACUUGAUGGUGCCUUCUGUUGAGCUCUCAAGGGAUCGUCUAACUACUGUAUGGAUUACGGGACUGUGGAAAUGACACACUUGUUCACACCCUUUCCCCUUUUCGAUGUCAGGAUAAAAUUGGGCUUGAUUCCUGUUUGCCCACCUUUAUAAAGCAAGACAGAGGUGGUUGUAUUUUCCUACAAUAUUAAAGUCCCAUCUCUAGCAAUCUGCUUUUACCAUCUGCCUGGUGUUUUUUGCUCCUGUCUACUUUCAGCGAGCAGCCGAUAUGUUUUUAAACUGUUGUCAGGCUUCCUUUAAUUGGGCGUGGAUCAGACCUAGACAGGGGCUUACUUCUGUGUUGUUUGCCUUCCUUGUUAGGACUACACAUUUUUAAGACUGAUCCUGACUUUAAUUUGGCCUUCGUGGGCCCUGGGCUGCCUUUAGGAAGCAAAGAAAGCAAGGACUCAGCCCAGUGUCACUUCUGCACCGUUUGUGUGCAGCAACUGGACAGGGACAGAGAAAUGUCUCAGCUCUUUCAUUUUCUGUUUUAUGUAGGCACAUUUGAACAAUCUUACAGAUGAGCAGCAAUUCCGCAAAGUGCCAUGUUUUUAAAAUACUGAGUUUCAGCAAUAUUUGGAGGGGGGGUGGAGGCAAAGAAAAUUGAAAAUAUUUUGGCAGAGUUUGUGGAAGAGAAGCAAAUCUGUAUGAUUCUAAUGUUUUGGAAUAAAUUUGAGUUUUGAUA